CAAUUAAGCCAGAGCGAGAGAGAGAGAGAGAAGGAGAGAGCGAGCGUGCUAGCGAUAGCGAGCCAACUGUUUUUAGACGGCGCUGCAAAGUCAAAAAAGAAAGAAAGAAAGUUUCAGCAAACCCAAACAACGACAACAAACGGUUUUGCAACAAGAACAACAACAACAACAACAAGCAACCACAGCAACAACAGUAACAACUUUUAUCGGGUCCAAUGUUGCAGCAAACAACAUGCAGCAAACAACAAUGGCAACAGCAACGAGAACAAAAACAACAACAGCAGCAGCAGCAGCAACAACAACAGCAGCAGCAACAACAACAACAACAAACAGCUAAAGCUCAAAGCUGUAAGAACAUGCGCCUUGGCAACAUGCGCCUUAGCAACAUGUUGCUAGCCAGCAACAGCACAACAACAACGAUAGAUUUUAAUAGUCGACGGCGACGCGGUCGUCUACGAAGCGCGCACAAAUGUUGCCAACAAGUGCCAGCAACAAACGCAAAUGUUGCUUAUACACAACAACAACAACAACAAACGAAACCAAAACAAACCAAACACCAUGCAAAGCUUUUGUUAUCAAUAAUGUGCGCGUGCAUUGUCGAUUGUGUAAAUAUUUUAAAACGCUUAGUAUUAUUAACAUUAACAACUAACAAAACAAACAACAACAACAACAACAACCACAACAGGCACGCCCAUAGGCGUGUUCAGCCGCUUUACUGCUUACCGCUGCUUUUGCUGCUGCUGCUCUGCAGCGCCCAGGCUCACAAGCCCAAAAGCGCCACUCAGCACAAGCAGCAACAACAACAACAACAACCGGCACACAACAACGAUGUCACGUUUAACAACAUGGCCGACGUGCCGCCCACUUAUCAAGUGAAAUCAUCGCAAACAUCGAACGAGGACGAAGCUGAAAUCCUUUAUCAGUCCUCUGAAAUGUUCGGCGAGGAGGAGCUGGACCAGGAGGAGGGGCGUGAUCUAAACGGCCGGCAGGAUAAUAUGCCCAAUCAACGCAGUUCCAAUGAAACGCUAAUCGACAUUUCAAACACCACGAAAACGCCACUAUUUCCAAAGGACCUAUUCACGAAAGAACAGCUUGAGAACGGCGCUGUCAUCCUGCACAUUAUCGGUGUAAUAUAUAUGUUUGUGGCGCUGGCAAUUGUCUGCGAUGAAUUCUUCGUGCCUUCCCUUGACGUAAUCAUUGAAAAGCUCGGCAUCACGGACGAUGUGGCCGGCGCAACGUUUAUGGCGGCGGGUGGCAGUGCCCCGGAGCUCUUCACGAGUGUCAUUGGCGUUUUCGUGUCGUUCGAUGAUGUUGGCAUUGGUACGAUUGUUGGAUCUGCUGUCUUUAACAUUCUCUUCGUGAUUGGCAUGUGUGCGUUAUUCUCGCGUACGGUCCUAUCGUUGACCUGGUGGCCACUAUUUCGUGAUUGCUCAUUCUAUAGCAUCAGUUUGCUGGUAUUGAUCUACUUUUUUCGCGACAAUCGCAUCUUCUGGUGGGAGGCGCUCAUCCUGUUUACCAUAUACAUUGCCUAUGUGACCUUCAUGAAGUGGAACGUACAGGUGGAGCAUUGCGUCAAGAAGAUGAUUACCAAAAACAAGGUGACUCGCGUCCGAAGUACAGAUCAACUUAUGCCAGCAGGUAAUGCGGCAAACUCAUCGGAAACGUCAAUGGCCACACAGCCGGGCGGUUCGGUGACAUCCCGAGCGGCCAGCGAGACCCGUUCGGGUCCGGCCGGUUCGAGCAAUGCGGGCGCUACAGGUAAUAGCAGUGGUGGGACCGCUGGUAGUACACAGACCGGUGCAAAAUUCCGUCAUGGCCUAUUACAGCUAAUGAUACACACGAUAGAUCCACUACACGAUGAUGAUGUUCCAGGCAAAGUGGACGAGAAGGCAACCCAGCUGCAUGCCAUUGCCUCGCUUAAAGUACUGCUGGAUGCCACCAAGCCGCAACGCGGUGGCGCCACCACCUCAGCGGCCAAUCAUGUCAAGAUUAAUCUCAAGGAGACAACAUUGGCCGAUCGACCCAAUGGAAAUAUCGAUACCACGCUCGAUUCGCCAUCGUUAAGUGGUCGACGUCCUAGCUGGAUUGAGCAGAGGGUCAAAAUUCAGACACGCAAAUUUAGCAUCAAAGCGCCUGAAAUAAUCGAGGACGAACCGGAGCCCCUGAGCAUGGCCUGGCCGGAUACGGCUCGCAAGCGGCUCACCUACGUCCUGGUCGCCCCACUUCUGGUGCCCAUGUGGCUAACAUUGCCCGAUACGCGCACGCCGCGCGGCAAACGUUUCUUUCCGGUCACCUUUAUAGGCUCCAUCUUGUGGAUAGCCGCCUUUUCCUACCUCAUGGUUUGGUGGGCCAAUGUCAUUGGUGACACAGCGCGCAUACCCCCAGAGGUUAUGGGCCUAACAUUCUUGGCGGCAGGCACAUCUAUACCGGAUUUGAUAACGUCGGUGAUUGUGGCGCGCAAAGGUUUUGGCGACAUGGCUGUGUCCAGUUCGGUGGGCAGCAACAUCUUCGAUGUGACUGUGGGCUUACCGAUACCCUGGCUGAUCUAUGGGAUUAUCUACGAUGCGCCCGUUGAAGUGAACUCGGUGGGCAUGGUCUGUUCCAUAACCAUAUUGUUUAUGAUGCUCGUAUUUGUGGUGCUAUCAAUUGCCUGCUUCCGUUGGCGCAUGAACAAGGGGUUGGGCUUUACCAUGUUUCUGUUGUACUUUGUCUUUGUUGCCGUUUCGCUGAUGUUCGAAUAUGAUUUGAUCACUUGCCCCUUCUAAACACCACAGAUGUGGGCAAAAUUGCAGCAACAAAAACUCUGCAACAAAGUCAAAUGUGACACACACCUACACACUCUCUCUCAUACACACAUUUACACUCACACACACACAGACGUACACGCGCAAACCAAUUAGCUAAAUUUAUAUACAAAACAAAUUAAUGAAUUAAAUUAACAAAUUGACUAAGCUAAUCGAAUUGUUAAAAAAAAAGAAAUGCAUAAAUCACGACACACACGAAGAAGCAAAACUAAAAGCUAAACAAAAACGAAUACGAAUACGAUGAGCAAAACAAAAAGCAAAAACAACAAAAGUAAACUUUAAUAUAACAAAAAACGAGUUAGUUAGUGCUAUGUGCAGCGUUUUUCCUUUUUCAACAAAAGAGACAUUUACUUUAAAUGUUUAGCCGCAGCUUUUUAAGCAGUUAUUAAUAAAAAGAAAGCCAACAACCUAUAAAACGACACACACACACACACAAAACUCUUUAGCUUUAUCUAUCUAUCUAUCCUUCUCUCUACUUGAACUAUGAACCUUAACAAACUUAUCCAUAAUUGAUUACCUACUUAUUAGAAAGAAAAAAACCAAAAAUAAUGGCUUCCCAAUCAAUUACUUUACUUAGGCGUUUGGGUUUUUUAAUUACUACUAAUUACGAUUAUAUAAAAUCUUAGUCCUAACUUGGCACAAGCACCUUCUGUACGUUACGUAACAAGACAGCCAUUACGUUGAGCAUAUUUUUUAUAACUCUGCAAGUGUUGGGCAGCAUCUUUCAAACUUUCAGACAAGCUACUUAACUGAAUUCGAGCCUUAACUGCUUGAGAAUUCCUAGCGAAUAUGGGCACACAUUUUUAGAUCACAAUGUGUGCUAAACUUUUAACAUGCAUGGAUUUGCCAAGUGAAUCCUUAACUGUUUUAGAAUUCUAAGCAAAAAUAGCUUUUAGGUCCAACUUGUGUUGCCUAGCCUGACUAGAACUUUUUGAGAAUUAAAUUAAAAAGCUGUUUAGACCAUUAAGUGUUCUAAAAUUUUAAAAGCUACAAAUAAUUGAAGCAUUUACCAAGUCCUUAGUAUUUUGAGUCCUUCAACAGUUUUCAUAUAAACGUAUGUUGAAAAAUUUCAGAGCUAAAAUCCUUUUAGGCUAGUUCCAACACUUGGCGCUCUCCAAUACUUUAAUUUGCAUGCUCCACCAACUAUAAAUUGUUCUAGUAAUUUUUCAAAAUAUAUGAAAAAAGAAAAAAAGAAAACAAAAACAAAAAGAAAGCUUUACGCCAAACAGAGCCUAAAUCAGUCUAGUUUUACAAAACUUUUGCUAUAUAUAAAACUUAUAUACCACACGCACACUUGCAUCGCAUAUAUAUACUUACUUAUAUAUUGACCUAUAUUAAUUAAGUGAUAAUUUGCGUACUUAUUAAACAAAGAAUAACUAUACUCAAAAAC